AUGUUGCAGAUUGUAUUCUUCAUCUACGAUGCCAUUGUAUUCAUUCCGUUCAAAAUUCUCGCGGAUCCGUCGAAGAAGCUAAGUGUGUCAGAACGUAUAAAGGUGAAUAUGCCAGCGGCCGCAGUGGCGAGCAAUAUUUACGAAAAUGUGUGGUUCCUUCUUAUUCCUAUGGUAACCGGAAGGAUGGCUGUCGGAAAAAGGUUGUAUUGUCAUCGUACGUUGACUGCUGCACUUGACAGGAAAUUUUCAAAUAGUGAUUGCUUCGGUACUCGUGAGGUCCUGUGCAUCCAUAAAGAAAAGCAGAAAAAUGGGAGGAUUUUCGAAAAGUGGGAAAUGGGUGAAUAUCACUGGCGAACAUAUGGAGCUGUUGACAACCGCGUUAACCUUGUAGCAUCCGCUCUUUCUUCACUUGGUUGUAAGAAGCACGACAAGGUAAUUAUUUUUGCCGAAACGAGGGAAGAAUGGAUGACCACAGCUUUGGCGUGUUUUAAAAGCUGUUUGCCGGUUGUUACUGUGUAUGCAACGUUAGGAGAGGAGGCCGUGAAAUUUGCGAUUAAAGAAGUGGUCGCUCAUAUUCUGUUCACUUCUGAAAGCCUUCUUCCUAAGGUUCAAAAGUUAAUAAAUAACGGCUUGGAUGUAAAGACAGUAAUUUAUUUCGAAAGUCCGGAUCCUGAAAAUACCCAGCAUUAUGAGCAGGAAAGCGUGGAAAUGUUAUCAUUCACUCAACUGCUUAACAUGGGAAAACCAGGUCCAAUCGAAAACAAGGCUUCUCCACAAGAUUUAGCAGUUAUUAUGUACACUUCUGGAACAACAGGAAAUCCGAAAGGAGUGAUGAUCUCUCAUGAAAAUAUAGUGGCGGCCGUGUCUGGACAGUGCGAAGUUGUUCCCACUAUUCCAACCGAUACUUAUAUAGGAUACCUUCCUCUGGCACACAUCCUGGAAGUCUGUGGCGAAUUAGCGACGAUUACAAAGGGUGUGCGCAUUGGUUACUCGUCAGCACAGCUGUUAUUUGACAGUGCUCCAAAAAUCCAGAAGGGCACAAGAGGAGACUGCUACGCUCUAAAACCAACUUUGAUUGCUUGUGUACCAGCUGUGAUGGAUCGCAUUUAUAAAGCCGUAAUGGAUGAAGUGAACGCGGGGGGUCUACUCUUUCGUGAAGUAUUUCGUGCCUGCUAUGAAAGAAAAUGCGAACGAUAUGAGGAAGGCUACAACACAUUCAUACUUAACAAACUUGUGUUUAACCGAAUUGGGAAGUUACUAGGCGGUAAAAUCAGAUGUGUGUUGUCCGGCGGAGCUCCACUCAGUCCUGAAACUCAAAGGUUUAUGAACAUUUGUUUUUGUUGUCCUGUAGUUCAAGGGUACGGAUUGACAGAAACAUGUGUUCAUGACUUGUCGACUGGAACUGUUGGACCUCCUCUUACAUGUUGUGAAAUUCUCCUUGAAGAAUGGAAAGAAGCUGGAUACUCCCCGUUGAAUGAAAAUCCUCAAGGAGAAAUUCUUAUUGGUGGAAGAAAUGUAGCAUUAGGAUAUUUCAACAAUGCUGAGAAGACAAAAGAAGAUUUCGUAUAUCGUAAUAACAAGCGGUUUUUUGCCACCGGAGAUAUUGGAGAAUUCAGAAAAGAUGGAUCGUUGAAGAUAAUUGAUCGAAAAAAAGAUCUGCUGAAGUUAGCACAUGGGGAAUACAUAUCUCUGGGAAACGUUGAGACUCACAUCCUUACAAAUCAUGGCAUUGAUAACGUGUGCGUCUUUGGAGACUCAACGAAGGACUACCUCGUCGCUCUGAUUGUACCUCAUGAAAAAUACCUCAUUAAGUUAGCCGAAGAGGUAAAUGUCGCUUUCCACUGGCAGCAGCAAAUUUCAGGAAAACUGCAAAAAGUGGAGAUUCCAAAGAAGAUUUUCUUAUGCUCUGAACCAUGGACGCCACACACAGGACUAGUUACUGAAGCACUGAAACUUAAACGAAAGGCUAUCGAAAAGACUUUCCGUAAAGAACUGGAUGAAAUGUAUAGCUAG